CCCUUGGCUUUUAAGUUUAUAAAAAGCCGUAGUCCAUUUUGCGGAGCUUACGAUCUGAUGUGACAACCACUGAAAGGUCACUGACGCGAAAAACUGCUUCCGCAUCAUCAUCUGAUGGUCUGGUGCUCCCCCUCCAAUCCCAAGUCGUUGGCGCUGACCGUCGGCUGCUUCACAACUGGCGCUUCUUUGUUCGCCCUCGGCGCUUACCUCUCUUUCCUCAAUAUUGCGCCUCAACAGGCCCGCAUCAAAGCUCGAAACGAUUUCGUUAGAGAGCGUCUCAAGAAGAAAUACGGCAAAUAA